ACCCCGAAGCUAGUAAACUACUCUGCUGUGAUGUAUGCUGUAAGGCUGUAGGAAGAAGUGAAGAACCCAAUGCCCCAAAUAAGCUACGAAUAAAGUAUAAACCACUGCGCCUGCAACGCUUUCCUUCCUUCAAACUUCAAUUUCUUGGUAAUGGCUACUACCUCUUCCUUCCUUCCUUCAGUUGAUGCUAUGGCUACCUAAGACACUUUGGAAAUAUAAGGUUUUGUUUAUAUUGCUACUCUCCAAUUACUGCCAAUCAUUCCCCAUUUCCCGAAUUAUUCAGUUAUGUCGUUAUGCUGUUUGAUCAAUGACCCAAGAGGCUUUCCUCCAAAUGAUUAUCAAAGGAUUGUUUAGAAGAUAUAAGAGAUGGAACCCUGUUCAUCCAACUUAUGGUGCCUUUUGGGGAAUGGGAGUGGGUGUUGGUUGUGGAGUCGGAUGGGGUCCGGGGUUCGGCCCUGAAGUGAUAGGCUAUGUUGGAUCUGGUUGUGGCAUUGGAUUCAAUGUAGGCUUCACUCUCGCUGGCUUUGGUAUUGGCCUUCCUGCAAACUUUAUCUUUGAAGCUCCUUAUAAUGUUAUCAUGGCAACAAGAAAUUCAGCGUUAGAGGUAGCACGAUCUAAGGGUUUUAAUGCACAAUGCAAUGGCUGGACUAUAAACUUAUCUUGUGUCUUUGACCUGCAAAGGGAAGCUAGUGACAAAUUACGUCACUUUAGGGAAAGGCGUUUAUCAGUCAAGGGAUUUGAUUUCUUGAGCAUGAAAAAUGACUUAUCAUUGCUUGCUACAUCUGCCUGUAACAGUAUGCGCACAUUCCAUGACCAGCUUUCUUCUCGUAGGGGCAAAGAUUGAUUGGUUCGAGUUCCACAACUCUCAGCAUGGUGGUUACAACUUUGAUGGAUCAUUUCAUUUUUUUGUUUUUUUAACUUAAUAGCAGGAAAACCAAAUGUCUUAUUUUGAGGUAUAUUAUUGUUAUGUUUACUGUCUUGUUUGACAAACUCAAGUUGUAUAUUUAAUAUUGUUGUCAAAUAUAUUUCUUAUAGAAGGCUAUGAUCCUAAAUUUUCAACCAACAUAUCCGGAAGGGUAAAGGGACUAGCAUUCGUUUCCAACUUUC